UCAGCUUCUCCAUGUUUAUAGCAGAGUUUAUUGCUGAUCUAUUAUUAUUCCUCCAUUAACAUCAUUAUUUCAAGCUUCAAUUUUUCAUUAGCUAAGAAAAAAAUAAAAUAAAGUAAAAAAAACAUUUUUAAUAUUGACAAGAUGAGUUUCCGAGAGGAUUAUGCCAGCAAUUCAGAUGAGAACUCGAUUCGAAAGCCAUUAUUACUCCCUACUACGAAAGGUAAAGACGUAACGAGGACGAGUUUUCGAGAUGAUUCUGUUAUCUCUGAGGAUGGUCUCCGGAAGCCAUUGUUACAUACUGGAAGCUGGUAUAGAAUGGGCUCUAGACAGUCCAGCAUGAUGGGAUCAUCAGCCCAAAUUUUACGCGGAUCCGUCUCCAUUUAUCUUUGUGUCCUCAUUGUAGCAUUGGGAUCUUUUCUAUUUGGAUUCACUUUGGGAUAUACUAAUCCUACGCAGUCCGAUAUCAUGAAUGAUCUCGAACUUUCAAUUUCAGAGUUUUCGAUCUUUGGAUCUUUAGCAAAUAUAGGUGCAAUGGUUGGUGCAAUUGCAAGUGGUCAGAUAUCUGAAUACAUUGGAAGAAAAGGGACACUGAUGAUUGCAGCACUUCCUAGUAUAUGCGGAUGGUUCGCCAUUUCAAUUGCAAGAGACACAUCAUUUUUAUACAUGGGAAGAUUGAUGGGAGGUUUUGGCGUUGGCAUCAUUUCGUAUGUGGUUCCUGUAUAUAUAUCGGAGAUUUCACCUCAAAACAUGAGAGGAGUUCUUGGAUCUAUUAAUAAUCUUUGUUUAACAGUUGGGAUAAUGGUCGCAUAUCUAUUGGGACUCUUUGCGAGCUGGAGAAUGCUUGCAGUUAUAGGAAUGUUGCCUUGCAUGAUUUUGAUACCUGGUUUAUUUUUUAUACCAGAAUCUCCUCGUUGGUUGGCUAAAAUGGGGAAUUUUGAGGAUUUUGAAACUUCGUUGCAAGUUCUAAGGGGAUUUGACACUGACAUAUCCUUGGAAAUUAAUGAGAUCAAGAAAUCUGUGGGAUCAUCGAGUAAAAAAGCUACUAUUCAUUUUUCUGAGCUUAAGAGAAGGCGAUACUACUAUCCUUUGCUGAUAGGUAUUGGAUUACUCAGUCUCCAGCAACUCAGCGGUAUUAAUGGUAUCUUAAUGUAUUCCAGCAACAUCUUCAAAUCUGCUGGAGUUUCAUCCAGUAAAGCUGCAACAUUUGGACUCGGGGCUAUUCAAGUUAUUGUCACAGCUAUAGCUGCAUCACUGGUGGACAAGGCGGGUCGUAGAGUACUUCUAAUUAUAUCCUCGUCGUUAAUGACAGUUAGCAGCUUCCUUGUUGCAACAGCAUUCUACCUAAAGGAUUUCGCGCCCAAAAGUUGGCAUCCUGCAUUAGGAAUAUUAUCACUAGUUGGACUUGUGGUUUUAGUGAUGGCAUUUGCUCUGGGAUUGGGGUCUAUUCCGUGGAUCAUAAUGUCUGAGAUAUUGCCAGUGGACAUUAAGAGUCUUGGUGGCAGUGUUGCUACAUUGGCAAACUGGCUAACAUCAUGGGUUGUUACAAUGACAGCUAACUUGCUUUUGAGUUGGAGUGAAGGAGGAACAUUCAUCAUCUAUACAAUGGUAUCAGCAUCAACAGUUGUUUUUGUUAGGCUUUGGCUACCUGAAACCAAAGGGAAAACACUUGAAGAAAUUCAACGUUUUUUCAGAUGAUGCAAACCAAUUCUAUGCAAUCUAAUAGAACGAGCGUUCCAAAGGGGUUAAUUUCACGUAUGGUUACUGAAUUCACUCUGUAAAUUCACAACAUUAUUUGUUGUCGACUUUGAAAUAGUAGAGGAAAUGAAGUAACUUUGGAAAUGAAUGGUCUUGAACUUUUGACUGCGCUUGUUUAAUUGGUGACUUUCAAGUUUGACUUUUGACCUUGAAGGUUUCCACAUGAACAAGCGUAUUCAAAAUAACCAAUUUUCAAGGUUGGUGUAA